GUGGAAAAAUGUUCAAAGUUGUUGAAUUUCCGGAGAGGGAGGAGGUUGCCGUAAUAAGUGCCAGUUGGAUGCAAGGGGAACAGAAGUGUUUCUGGCCAUCAUUUGUCUCACCAGACAAAAUAAAAAAGCAGUAAUGGAACACAGAGAACCAAAUGAUGCAUGGACACUCUAUGAUGUUGAUGUUUCCUAUACAACAGAUAGCUAUGAAAAGGCAAGAAAAAAGGCUAAGGCUAUCGAAGAAGAAAUAAUCUUUAUGAGUGAGAGUGAAAAGGAGCUGGAACGAGGGGCUCGACCAAAAAAACCAGCCAAAAGAUUAGAUGACGACUAUGUGGCGCUUGGGCACAGAGGGAAGAAAAGGUGUCUUAGUCUCCCCAAACCUCCACCCUGCCGUGUGUCAAUCUCCAGCACUGAGAAACAGCCCUCUUUGUCACUUCCAUCUUCACCGCAACCACCGUCUCUCCCUUUAGACCCUGUGAUGCAGUUUACAGCUUGGGACCGUUAUGUAGUAUCUGCUUUGGAGAACAUAAAGGAAGAGCUGGCAGUUUUAAAGAGGAUGGUAGCAGGUCUGACCACAACCACCAACACAAUCAGUGCCCCUGAUGGCCUCAACCUCCCACUAAAAAGCACAGAUGACAUAGUCCCUCUAGAGGCACAGCUGGAAGACAAGAGCUUCCAACAGCAACUGGUGCUCUUUCUGAGUACAGUUGGUGGCAUGGAUGUCGCAGGUGCAACAAGACGGGUCCUGGCAACAAUCAUGACGAAUGAAGUUGCUAUGAAAUUGAACUGGGUUGGCCACGGAGGGAAAAUGGCUUUUCAGACCCUAAAGCUUUGCAAAGUUAUGUGUGAGGCCGUGAGAAGAUCAAUCAUGCCACCACCAAAGGAUGCAGAGAUCGAGCAGGUGGCAAAGGUUUGGCUUCGGAAUGCACGAGACCGUUCAGGUGGACGAAAGCAGCGUCUCAUGCAAUCUCUUAAAAAAAAAUAG